AUGCAGGGACUCAGAAGUCUGGCAGCAACAAUCUUGGGUCUUUUCCUGGUGUUUUCUUUCCUGGGAAACUCCAGCAGCGCUCCGCAGGGACUGUUUGAGAGAAGGAACUGGACUCCUCAGGCUAUGCUCUACCUGAAAGGGGCACAGGGGCGCCGCUUCAUCUCCGACCAGAGCCGGAGGAAGGACCUCUCCGACCGGCCACUGCCGGAAAGACGAAGCCCAAAUCCCGACCUGCUAACUCUUCCAGAGACAGCAGCCCUAUUACUGGCUUCCUUACAGAAACCACAAGAAGAUGAAGAAGAAAACUUCGAUCAAACCAGAUAUUUGGAAGGCAGUCUGCUAAACUGGUGAAGAUAUACCAGAUUAUGUUCAAUUAUAGUUCUAUUAUGUUGAAAACAUGAACCACGUGCAUAAAACCCUUGGACCCUUUUUA